AUGGGCAGAAUCAUUUUCUACGAGGACAGAAACUUCCAGGGUCGCUCCUAUGAAACCAGCAGCGACUGUGCUGAGCUGACCUCGUACCUGAGCCGCUGCAACUCCUGCAGGGUGGAGAGCGGCUGCUUCAUGGUCUACGAACGUCCGAACUACAUGGGUCACCAGAUGCUGGCGAGGAGGGGAGAGUACCCUGACAACCAGCGCCUGAUGGGAAUGAGCAUGAGCGACUGCAUCCGUUCCUGCCGCAUGAUCCCCAUGCACAGAGGUCCAUUCAGGAUGAGGAUCUACGAGAGGGAGAACUUCGGAGGUCAGAUGCAUGAGCUGAUGGACGACUGCGACAACAUUCAGGACCGCUACCGUAUGUCCGACUGCCAGUCUGCUCAUGUGAUGGACGGCCACUGGCUGAUGUACGAGCAGCCCCACUACAGAGGCAGGAUGAUGUACCUGAGGCCCGGAGAGUACAGGAGCAUGAGAGACAUGGGCAUGGGUCCCAUGGACAUGAGGAUCGGAUCCAUCAGACGUAUCAUGGAAUCCUGUUAG